AAGCGAGGAGAGGGUGGGAACGUGGGUAGUAGAGCUUAGCAUUGCUCAGGAGGAAACGUCCCAAAUCAAUAAAACCAGCCUUCGUCCCCGCCGAGGCUCACGACGCUUGCCCUUCUGAUCUCUCUUCCGUCGUCUUUUCGCCGUUUACUUUCAUUCUUUUUCUGUUAACCUAGACGUUAACAAGUCCACGUUCUUUUCUAACAAGCCUCUCUCUCUCUCUCUAUCACUUUUCUCUUUCUCUAUCAGGAGUCUCUCCAUCAGUCUCUAUCUCCGUCACUCACAACACAUCUCCAAAAAAUGCGCUUCUCCGCCCUCACCGCAGCUGGCCUGCUCGCCCUCCCCGGCGUCAGCGCCAACCUGAACGAGCUAGCUGUCGCCGCCGGCAAGAAGUACUUUGGCACCGCCACCGACAACUCGGAGCUCACCGACGCCGCCUACGUCGAGAUCCUCAAGGACAACAAGAUGUUCGGCCAGAUCACGCCCGGCAACGGCCAGAAGUGGCAGUUCACCGAGAAGAGCCAGGGCGUCUUCUCCUACACUUCGGGCGACGAGAUCGCCACGCUCGCAAAGACCAACGGCCAGCUUCUCCGCUGCCACACCCUCGUCUGGCACUCCCAGCUCCCCAGCUGGGUCUCGUCCGGCACCUGGACCAAGGAGCAGCUGACGGCCAUCAUCGACACGCACGUGUCCAACGUCGCCGGCCACUACAAGGGCCAGUGCUACGCCUGGGACGUCGUCAACGAGGCCCUCAACGAGGACGGCACCUACCGCGACAGCGUCUUCUACAAGGUCCUCGGCACCGACUUCAUCCCCAUCUCCUUCAAGGCUGCCGCCGCCGCCGACCCGGACGCCAAGCUUUACUACAACGACUACAACAUCGAGCUCGCCGGCGGAAAGCAGAAGGAGGUCCUCAACAUCAUCAAGAGCGUCAAGGACGCCGGCGCCCGCAUCGACGGCCUCGGCCUCCAGGCCCACCUCAUCGUCGGCAGUGCCGGCUCCCGCUCCGCCCUCGCCGCCGUCCUCAAGUCCUACGUCGACGCCGGCGUCACCGAGGUCGCCUACACCGAGCUCGACAUCCGCCACGAGGCCAUCCCCGCCGACGCCGCCGCCCAGGAGCAGCAGGCCACCGACUACGUCAGCGUCGUCGGCGCCUGCCUGGACGUCCCCGAGUGCGUCGGCGUCACCAUCUGGGACUUCACCGACAAGUACUCCUGGAUCCCCUCCGUCUUCCCCGGCACCGGCGAGGCCCUCCCCUGGGACGAGAACCUCAAGCCCAAGCCCGCGUACACCAGCAUCUCCAGCCUCCUCGCCGCCGCCGGCACCGGUGGCGCUGCCGCCCCUGCUACAUCUGCGCCCCCCGCCGCCGCCGCCCCGACCUCCGCUGCCGCCGCCUCGCCCACCAGCGAGCCCGCCGCCGCCGAACCUACCCCCGAGAGCUCUGCUCCCCCUGCUGCCGAGCCCACCACCGUUCCUGAGAGCUCUGCCCCCGCCGCUCCCAUCACGACUCCCAAGGCCAGCGUCCCUGCUGCUGCUCCCGCCCCUGCCUCUACCCUGGUCACCAGCGUGAAGAGCAAGUGCGCCGGUGGUGCUGCGGCCGAGGCUGCUCCCACCGCCGCCGCCGCAGCCGGUGGUGCCGCUCGCUGGGCUCAGUGCGGUGGCAUCGGAUUCACCGGCGCUACCGCCUGCCAGACGGGCCUCACCUGCGAGAAGCAGAACGACUACUACAGCCAGUGCGUUUAAAAAAAUGGCCGAGUAAAUAGCCAGGGAAGAGACGUCGAAAGAUACAACGGGACUGCUCCGGAUAGCGUCCCGAAGAGAUGGAGAAUUUCGUGUACAUAUUUUAAACCAUUCAGAAUACAUAUUCUCUAUUUUCUUGACAAGGCGUUGAGAAUUUCGGCGGUGAACUACAACUUCAAGAUGCGGAGAAACACCAUGCUACUCUACCGUUCGCUGUCUGGCGUUCCGACCCUCGAGAUCAGGUCCGGGACACUCGGUCCGGGUGGGGCCGAGAGUCCCCGAAGCCGUCCCUGACAUACAGUAAAGGACUCGGGCAUUCUAUCUGAACAACCUCGAGUCAUCGAAUGGCUUUAAGAAAAAUGCGGUAUUUACCAAAGGUCCCUCCUGCAAUUGACUCCGCCAGUAACAAGUAGCCUGGACCCAUGGGUCCGUGACUCUGUUGCUCAAAGUCCCAACACACCCCGUUUUGUGACAAUUCACAGUGAGGCAUCAUCACAUGUUAUAAACCCGUAUGAAAAGUACCUUUCAUAGUCUCGAAAUCCUACCCAAACCUUGGCAAGACUCACGCGUGCGCCAAUCCAACCAUCCAACCAUCGAUCCAUC